CAAAUCGUCUGUCAAUUUUUCUCGAAGAGGUUGAUGAUUUGUUCAUUAUUGGCAUUCUUUUCUUUAUUUUCACACGCAAUGGCUGCUAACAAGGAACGUACUUUUAUCAUGGUCAAGCCCGAUGGUGUCCAACGAGGACUCGUUGGCAAAAUCAUCAAACGCUUCGAAGCCAAGGGAUUCAAAUUGGUUGCAUUGAAAUUCACUUGGCCAACGAAAGAUCUCUUGGAACAGCACUACGCUGAUUUGUCGGCUCGUCCAUUCUUCCCCGGACUUGUCAACUACAUGAGCUCCGGUCCAGUCGUUCCAAUGGUUUGGGAAGGUUUGAAUGUGGUCAAGACUGGUCGACAGAUCUUGGGCGCUACAAAUCCAGCUGAUUCAGCCCCAGGCACCAUUCGCGGUGAUUUGUGCAUUCAAGUUGGCCGUAAUAUCAUUCACGGUUCGGAUGCUGUUGAGUCGGCUAACAAGGAGAUCGCUUUGUGGUUCGCGGAUGAUGAGCUAGUCUCAUGGACACCAGCCGCCGAAAACUGGGUCUACGAAUAAACUCGGUCACAGUGUGAGAUUCAUUGUUUCGUACACCCGUGUGUCUGUUCGAAAUAGUUUAACAUUUCCAUUUGAUAUUUAUAACGCCGAUGAAAAUGAUGGAAUUUCUCAUCUUGAAUGCAUAACAAUAAAGUCGAUAUGCCUGCGACUAUUUAAAGGAAAAAAAA